AUGCCUCGCGUUUCGAAUAAACAAUCACAAUAUUCCAUCACCAUUGAUCUCUCUAUGAUACCAACAAAUGCUUUCAGUCUGCGAGGAGAUGCAUUCUACUCUCUUGUAGAAGAACUAACAUCCAAGGACGUUGAAGAUUUACUCAAGAUACAGAAAAUUUCGAAUGCUCGUUGUUUUCUAAACACAAACUCGUUGGAUUUCUUUGACAUUCACAGCGAUGAUCCAUUUAUUGUCGAUUUACAAGAUCGUCUUUCGAUAAAGACUUUGAAUAAAAAAAGAACUGUUCUGGCUGGUGUACAAGGAUAUCUUCAUUAUCUUCAACAAUUACUCAACUCGUUUCUUAUUGCACAGAGAAAUAAGCGCAUCAAGUCAAACAAUUCUACCGAUGCCAAUAGUCAUCCCCACCAAGUACCUUCGACACCGAUGCCAAUUACGCCUCUUUCAAUCAACUCAUCGACAACUGCUGCUUUAUUCCAUCCAGAACAUCGCCAUUUUCUCAAUGAAAAAAUCAAAAGUUGGUGGGAGAAGCAUCGUGAUCAAUUCAAUCUUGGAAGCGAUGCGCUCACUGAACCGGACGAUUAUCAGAUCGUAUUCAAUAACAAAUCCGCUGUUAUAAAAUGUCGUUGUAAUCAAACAAUUAACAUUCCAAUACCAAAGGGACGAAAACAUUGUCAAUUAAGCAAUUUUUACAAGCAUCUGACGCAAAGUAGUCAAUGUGCCGCUGCCAAAAGGAAACGUGCGAGCACUGAGCUUGAUGACGAUACUGAUCUGGAUAUUUCGUUUUCUCCAUCAUCCUCUGUCGAUGCAGCUGGUGGAUCUGAUACGCAAACAACAACUGAAGACGGUCGACAGUCGACGGAAUUGAAUAGUAAUCCAACUGAGUCGGAUUUUAAAUAA